AUACAGGCUAAUCAACUCACUGAAAAGCAAAUUGCAGAUUUCAAGCAGACUUUCUUCCUUUUUGACAAGGAUGGUGAUGGCAAAAUCACAACCAAGGAAUUGGGUACUAUGAUGAAAUCACUUGGUGAGAACACUACUGAGGCUGGGCUUAAAGACAUGCUCAAAGAAGUGGAUGCUGAUGAAAAUGGAACGAUGGAAUGCCAAGAAUUCCUCACAAUGAUGGCAAUGAAAUUGAAGGAAAAUGAGGAAAUCACGAAUGAAUUCCGGAAAUUUGACAAGGACGGCAAUGGCUUCAUCGGUGCUGCAGAACUGAAAACCGUGAUGAAGAGUUUUGGAGUGCCGCUGACAGACAAAGAGGUCGCUAAAAUAUUCAAGGAAGCAGAUAAAAAUGGCGAUGGGAAAGUCAAUUAUGAAGAAUACAAAAAAUGGAUGGCGACCUCAUAAAAAGAAUUGGCGACAUAACUCUCUUCGGAAAACUGAGUGAUCAAGAGGGUGCGGUGCAAGUGCAGGUGCAGUGAGCAGUUGCAUGAUAAAGACUAAAAUAAGUCACGGUUUUGUUAUACUAAUUUAAAGAGAGGGGAGCAUAUGAUUGUAUUAUUUGUCGUUUA